GAAAGUGAGAUGCAGUUCUUAUUAUAUCAAGUGUUGUUUUCAAUUCUUAUUGUAACGGUAAAAAAAUGUCAGUCUCAAUCAAGCCAGGCUCAGCCAUGUUUGGUGUGUGGCGAUGCUGUCUUGCGAAUCUGGUCGUUCAUGACUGGACCAGGAGACAAAUAUUUAAGAAUAACAAACCAAGACAAUGCUAAUGACAAAAUUGUUGAUUGUGGUGGGGAUUUGGAAAACAACAACUUUACAAGCUUGCUAAAAAUUGGUGAAAAAUCAACCCUUCAAGAAACAAGAAUUCAACUGCUGUUUGAACUUGGUGGUCAGCAGUAUCAUCUUUACACAAAGUCUCUGAAUGAGCCUCUUCUUGCAAUGACCUCAAGUACAGCUGCAUCAUUGACAGACAACAGCAAUCUUUGGGCACCUGAAAGAUUGCUUUAUGAGCAUCAGCUAUUUACUGUAUUUCAAUCCGUAAAAUUCAGAGGAUAUUAUCUAUCCUGUGAUGGAAAAGGAGUUGUUCGCUUACAGCAAGUUAUCAACGUCGCUUAUCGCUCACCUGAGCAGCUUUUUAUCACCAUUGAUCCAGGGAAUGCUAUAAGAGCUAUAAGUUUUCGCGGGAGUCGUCGUAAACGUGAAAUUUCAGAAAAUGAAGAGAGUUUUGACAGAUUCGAUGCAUCUCCAGGUCGAAAAAAAUUUCAACUUUGGAAAAAACGCAGACGAACACCUCCUACAAAAGAACCAUCCACAGUCGGCUCAGUUAUGCGAACAUUUAAACUACCAACGAACAUUACUUUUGUGUUGUGUUUCUGGCUUAGAACAACAGACAGGUUUGCCCAACUUAUCUCUAUUUCAGAGGAGCGAACGAGAUUUCAGAUUGUGGUAAAGAAGAUAAAGAAUCCUCGCUAUCACUACUGGUACCGUAGACACCCUUAUUAUGCUCAUCAUUAUCCUCGUUAUAUUUAUAAACGGUUCAAAAAGACAAUAAAGACAAACGAAACUAUUGUCAACGUCACUAUUUUGGAGCAAAAGUUACACAUUGAGAUUGGAUACAGUCGGAGAUCAUGGACUCUACCAAACAUGGACAUUGCUGACGGACAAUAUCGCCACAUUUGCAUAUCUCUUAACGAGCAAAACUCGCUUCAAGUUUAUAGAAACAGCGAAGUUAUUCUGAAUGAAACGGUUUUUGGUCUUGUCUUCGAUUUUGGAAACAAUACCAGCAAAAGGAACCUUACUGAAAGGAGUGGAAUUCUCACGUUAGGACUGGUACAAGGAAUUUCGAUGCAAAACUUUCAAGGAAGUUUGGUACAAGUAAAUCUUUGGGAUCAGUAUCCUCCAUUUCGUAUCAGGAGAAUCGCAACAAACUGCGCAUGCGGCGGAGGAAGUUUGGUGAGCUGGUCUGAAAUUCUUAGUGCAACAAUGGUAGAUGAUGUAGAUAUAGAUUUUCAAACUCAAUGUCCGUCAUUACAAGGUUACGACUAUAAUACUCUAAUACAAAAUAGAUUGAUAUAAAAUAACAAAAUUUGUUAUAAAAAACAUAAAUUGAUUCCUGAAAUAAAAAAAAGCGAUUGCUUGAUUUUUUGUGGUAACAAAAGCUACAACGUA